AUGACGAGCGGAUUGAGGUUUUCCGCUUUGCCCAUGGGGCCCUUGGUGUUCCUCAGUCUGCUGGUGACGGCCCGGGCGCUGGAGUUUGGCGGGGCACCCGGCCAGUGGGCCCGCUACGGGCGCUGGGAGGCGGGCUCGGUGGGCGAGCUGAGCUUCAGCCUCAAGACCAACAUCAGCAAGGCUUUGGUGCUCUAUCUAGAUGACGGCGGCAACUGUGACUUCAUGGAGCUCCUGAUCGCCGGAGGGCGCCUCCAGCUGCGCUUUGCCAUCCACUGUGCCGAGCCCGCCACUUUACACAUGGAAACCCAGGUCAACGACGACCGCUGGCACAUGGUGCUCCUCACCCGCAACUUCCGCGAGACUCUGCUGAUGGUAGACGGCGAGACCAAGAUGGCGGAGGUCAAGUCCAAGCGGAAGGAGAUGGCGGUGGUCAGCGACCUGUUCGUGGGCGGCAUCCCGCCCGACGUGCGCCUCUCAGCCCUCACCUCCAGCACGGUGAAGUACGAGCCCCCGUUCCUGGGCCUGAUCUCCAACCUGAAGGUGGGAGAGACGCCCCCCACCCUGCUCAACAGCCAGGGCAUCCAGAGUGACAUGGAGUACCUGUGCACCAAGCAGAACCCCUGCCUCAACGGAGGUUUCUGCUCCAUCCAGUAUGCCGAGGUGCACUGUGACUGCACGCACACUCGCUACAAGGGGAAGUACUGCAAGGAAGCGCGGCCCCUCCAUGCCUGUCCCCAGAGGGACUACCACAGCCGAGGGCCCACAGGAGUGGACGGCAGACCUCUACCCGCCACGACUGCCUCCCAGAAUGGGAACAAGAGAGCAGCGGCCCAGCCGACCAACAAGAGAGCCAUGGGGGUCCUGGGUGACCAUUAA